UCUCUUCUGUCCGCAGAUACACACACAGGCGGUCAGGUGAGGGGAGGCGGGGGGAUCCGCCCGUAUAUAAGGACACGUCGGGGGCUCCUUGUCUUUGACACGGACCGUUCUCACCGCCAAAAGCCGCACGGAAGCAACCGCAGAGCGACACGCCCACUGUGCUACGACGCACGAGGAAGGAGCGGACGCUAACGAAAUUGCUUCCUCGGGAUUGAUUGCUCAAAAGGGACGCGCCGAAACUAUAUACGGUCUUCUGAACUUCGCUCGGUGCUGGUGGUGGUGACCCGUCCGCGGCUUGCUGUGAUCCUGGACAGCCAGGCAACCUGGACCGCCGAGUUUCGUUGAGGGCGCUGCGUGUACCGACGUGACUGCACUAGUCGCCGGACUUCGCCGUUUACUGCUACCAAGAGAAGGAAUUGAACUCCCGUGCGAACCUCCAGAGAAACCAAGAUGAAUAAGCUCGCAGCGCUGUUGGCGUCCUUCCUGUGCGUCGUCGCUGUCCAUGCGGGGAACCUCGGCCAUGGCGUCGUUCCGGCCUACGUUGCGACACAGCAGCUUUACUACAAACCACAGCCGUACGUGUUCGGCUACGAAAUGAAGGACGCCUGGGGCAACACGCAACACCGGCACGAGGUCGGCGACGAGUACAACACCAAGCGCGGCUCGUACGGAUUCACGGACGCUCACGGAAUCUACCGGCGUGUUGAGUACGUGGCCGACGAUCACGGUUUCCGUGCCAUCAUCAAGACCAAUGAACCCGGCACGAAGACGCACAGCACCGCGCAUGCGCAGUACCACUCGAGCGCCCCUCAACACGUGGUCCACCACGGCCACCACCACAAGGAGCAGCUAGAGGUACCCGUCUACGUCGACGCGGCGCCACACCAGACCGUGAUCCUUGCUUCUGCAGGACAUGGGCUCCACGGGUACCACUAGAACAUUUUAGUGUAGCCUUAGUGUAGAACCGUUAGCGUCAGCGCUGCCGCCUCCUCCGUACUGCACGUGAGCGGUGAGCGCCUCGCAUCCGCAGUCGGUGGCACAGGCGGUAUCGGCAACGGUAGUAAUAGAGCGGUAACGCGAUGCCGAAAGCAAGUGCGGGUCGUGUGGAGAUUUGAGAGUCCGGCUCCGCUUGCAGUUUCAAGCUUCGCCUCCGCUGAAUCCGCUAUACUGUUCACAUGAUCUCUGGCUGGGAACUUUCAGCCCGAUUUCACCCCGUUAUUGUCGAGUUCAUGUAAGCAUAAUGUGUGCCACUCCGCGCAUGACGGCAAGUGCUAAGGGCCGCAAACAAGGUCUUCCGGAGCGCUCGUGGCUCGAACAAGACGGUGAAAAUACGCCCCCUCCCCCCCGUUCAAAUCGCGAGCAGUUUAAGCGCCGGCAGUGCUAAAAGCUCACUAUGUGGACCGUCAUAUGUCGCUGACGCGCAUGGUUUGGCUUUAAUGCUUUUGGCGCAUGCGUAAUGACAGACACUUUCGCUCUGCGAACGCCCAGGCGGCAGGACCUGACACGCCUUUGAGCGUUGAUCCCGGACAAUAUCGGGCACCUGAGCGGAGGCGCUAAUAUACGUGCAAGGUACACUGGCAAAACUCGAUGCGCCGUACGCAGUGGGCUCCCCUUGGCUUUAAAGCAAGCUUUCACUCGUGAGCAACAUUCUAAAUGCAUGGGAACGGAGAAGCUGUUUGGUUCAGUGUCCACCGAACCACUUUUCAUGGUGUUUGUUGUAUUUAAAUGCAGAGGCUCGGAGAUCUACCGACAGCUGGAACCAUGUUCUUGAUUUCGGUCAUCGCAUGUUUGUAGAUAUUGCCAAAGAUUGAUAAAUGAAUAAAGGUGCAGAAGCAUCAAGUUUAUAACUCCGUAACUCAGCAUUACGAAAAGAAGAACCACAUCACAUUUGAAGUCGACACAGUAAAUAUAUUCUGAAAAUCUCUGAAAUAUGCCGCUACAAUUUCAGAGAAACAACUUUGCGCAAAUCACGCAAACAUUGUAA